GUCACCGGCUCCCCGAGGUGACCACAACAUGGCUGCGGCGCCGGGGCUGCUCUUCUGGCUGCUAGUGCUCGCGCCGCCUUGGCGAGUGCCGGGCCAACCGGACCCGAGCACCGGCCGGCGCUUCUCGGAGCACAAACUCUGCGCAGACGACGAAUGUAGCAUGUUAAUGUACCGGGGUGAGGCUCUUGAAGAUUUCACAGGCCCAGAUUGUCGUUUUGUGAAUUUUAAAAAAGGUGACCCUGUAUAUGUCUACUAUAAACUGGCAGAGGCAUCACCUGAACUUUGGGCUGGAAGUGUUGGACGUAUUUUUGGAUAUUUUCCAAAAGAUUUAAUCAAGGUAAUCCAUGAAUAUACUAAAGAAGAGCUACAAGUUCCAACAGAUGAGACAGAUUUUGUCUGUUUUGAUGGAGGAAGAGAUGAUUUUGAUAAUUAUAAUGUAGAAGAACUUUUAGGGUUUUUGGAAUUGUAUGAUUCUGCAACUGAAGAUUCUGAAGAAACUGUAAGAAAAGCUUCUCAGCAAGUGGAAGAACCUCCUGAAGUCUCCGAGGACAGUGAACCUGAACCUGAACCAGUAGUAGCCAACUCAGAGCAAAGUGAAAGUGCAUUCUCAGAAAACACUAAGGAUCUUGAGGAACAUUUUUUGGCUCAGAAGAACAACCCCCAGGCAAACAGUCAAACAGAUAAUGUUCAGGGCGAACAAUCUGCAUUUGAACCUUUUGAAGAAAUGCUACAAGAUAAAUUGAAAGUGCCAGAAAAUGAAAACAACAAAACCAGCAAUAGUUCUCAGGUAUCAAAUGAACAGGAGAAGAUUGAUGCUUACAAACUUUUGAAAAAAGAAAUGACAUUAGAUUUGAAAACCAAAUUUGGCUCUACUGCUGAUGCACUUGUAUCUGAUGAUGAGACAACCAGACUGGUUACUUCAUUAGAAGAUGAUUUUGAUGAGGAGUUAGAUGCUGAGUAUUAUGCAUUGGAGAAGGAAGGAGAGGAGAAUGAGGAUAGUUUUGAUGAGCUCCCAUUACUAACCUUUAUAGGUGAAGAAGACAUGAAAACCCCAGUGGAGUCUGGAGUGGAGAAAUAUUCAGAUAAAGAGCAGAAUUCAAAUGAAGAAGAUAAGGUUGAGGUAACUCUGCCCCCGGGUAUCAAAAACGUUGAUAAAAAUAUACUGACAACCUGGGGGGAUACUUUCUUCUCUAUUGUCACAGGAGGUGAAGAAAAACAAGGCAUGGUAGAGAAUCCUAAUCCAGAAGAAGAAAAAGAAGAUGACGAAGUCUUAGUCCCAGAUAGCAAACAGAGAAAACCACAAGGAACAACAGAUUUUAUGGACCCUGAAAGUACAGAAUAUGGUCUUUUUGUGGAAACCUCUAAGACAGAUAAUGAAAAAGAGCCAGAAAUGGAUACAGAACUUCAUAUUAAAGGAAAAGAGAGGACUGUUCAGGAAUCCAAGAAGGGCCUGAUGCAAGAUGAGUCAGAAUUAGAGAAUGAGAAGCAAGAAGGAAUGAUUGCAUUUAGUUCUCCCCAAAGCAAUAAGCUCAGCUCAUUGCCAGAUGCUGAAAAGGGCAAAGACACAUUAAAAUCUGCCUUUGAAAACAAAGAGAAUGACCUAAAAGAAGCAGUUAUUCAUAUCUCCAAAGAAUCGUUCCAUGAAGAAAAACCUGGAGAGAAGAUUUUGGAAGAUAACUUAGAGAAUGAAUCUGUACAUAAAGCUGUAGGGAGUCUGAUGACCAAAGAAAAGAGUAAACCAGAAUCCUUGGGUAUUGCAGCACUCCUGGGAGAUAAUCAGCAUAAUACAUCCAAAGACGGCAUGGAGGAAGAAGGCUCAAUAAGUACACCAACACUGCACAUGCACUCAGUGGAGCAUCAACCCGAGGAAUUUAAAGAGGGACAAGGUCGGAAAACUCAAAAUCAACCUAGAUUCUCCUCUCCAGAUGGAAUUGGUUUGUCAAGAGAACUGGACAAAGAGGUUCCCAUUCUGGGAAGAAAUCUUUCCUGGCAACAAGAAAGAGAUGUGGUUGCUACCGUCAGUAGGAAAGUAAAUGAGAAGAUAGGGCUGUCCAAGGAAGAGGACAAAGAGGACUCCUUAGCUGCAGAAUUGGUUCAGUAUAAGGCAACACAGGGGACACAGAAAGGUGAAAAAAUAGAGCAGACUGAUAGGAUGGAAGUACCGGAUCUCCAUACUGAAAGACCAGCCGUUGAGGAGGAUGAUUAUUCCCCUGAAGAACUACUAGAGGAUGAAAAUGCUGUAAGCGCAAAACAAUCAAAAGAAAAACACCCUGGGAUUCAGGAUAAGAGGCCAGAUGUUAACCAGCAAGUUCUUGAAAAAGCAAUUUUAGGGACUUUAAAUCCUGAUCUAGAAACCAAAGAAAACAAACAAGAAAUGAAUAUGAUUUUGGAGAUUUUUAAAAAAAGUGAAACCAUGACCAAAGGGGUAGACAGAAUAGGCAGGGAACCAAGUGUUGUGGAGGUGGGAAAGGAGGAAAGUCCCCUGGCAGGUGAGGAAGCUCAGGAACUCUUUGAAGGAAGUGACUUUCCUGAUGAGAAAAACACUCAGACUCCAGGGAUAAGUGGAGUAUUUCAGGAUAAAGAUUCUGAUAAUCUGAAAAUAGGCAACCCUGAGGAACAUCUGAACACCUCAGGGUCUGCAAAGAAGGCUAGGGGAGAAGAAAUCUCAAAAGAGGACCAUGAGGACAUAGAGCAACUUAUGGAUGAAAAAAGCCAGGGACCUGCUUCUGCAGACCUUGAAGACAAUCUGUUCCUUCAGAGUCCACAUACAACCCUAGAGCCAGAGCUUAGUGACCAUGAGGAAGACUUGCCCAUCAUCAGCAGCUUCUUUAAAGAACAGCAGUCCUUCCAACGCUUCCUGAAGUACUUUGAUGUCCACAAACUGGAAGCAAUGUUGCAAGAAAUGUCAUUAAAGCUGAAGUCAGCCCAGCGGGAGAGUCUGCCCUAUAACGUGGAAAAAGUCCUAGAUAAGGUCUUCCGUGCCUCUGAAGCACACAUUUUGAGUGUAGCAGAGCAAAUGCUUGAUAAUCGUGUGAACGAAAAUAGAGACCUGGGAAUAAAGGAAAAUAACAUAUUUGAAGAGGCUGAGGUGCUGGAUGACAUUCAAGAUUUGAUCUAUUUUGUGAGGUACAAGCACUCCACAGUGGAGGAGACUGCUCCAUUGAUAACAGCCCCACCUGUAGAGGAAGGCUGGGCUGGACCAGCUGAAGAGAUGCAGCCACCCCAUGAAGAUGAUUUCCCCCAAGAGAACACAAAACAUCUUAAUAUGCAGCUUCCUGAAGAGUCCAGCCUCUUCAGUCAACCUGUGACUGUGGACAUGGAUGUCUCAGAAGUGUCACAGAACCCAAAUACUGAGAAAGACAUAGAUCCAGGGCUACUUAUAACAGAAGAUACUCCUGUUGAUACUGCUGAUACAGAAAAGCAACUAGAGACAAAGGUGGAAGAGCCAACAAGUGCCACCCCUUUGGAAAACAUGAUUCUUUUGAUAUAUUCAUCCAUGCUUUAUUUAACUAAGAUGCUAGUUGCCACAUUGCCCAAUGAUGUUCAGCCUGGGCCUGAUUUUUAUGGACUGCCGUGGAAGCCUGUACUUCUCACUGUCUUCUUGGGAAUUGUUUCAUUUGCCAUUUUCUUCUGGAGAACUAUUCUUGUUGUCAAAGAAAGAGUAUAUCAAGUUACUGAACAGCAAAUUUCUGAAAAGUUAAAGACUAUCAUGAAAGAAAAUGAAGAACUGGUGCAAAAAUUGUCAAACUAUGAACAGAAGAUCAGGGAAUCAAAGAAACAUGUCCAGGAAACCAAGAAACAAAACAUAGUCCUCUCUGAUGAAGCAAUGAAAUAUAAGGAUAAAAUCAAGCUACUUGAAGAAACUAAUGAGAUUCUUGAGGACAGAGCUAAAAGUCUUCAUGUUAUGUUAGAAUCUGAGAGAGAACAGAAUGUCAAGAAUCAGGACUUGAUAAUAGAAAACAAGAAAUCUAUAGAGAAGUUAAAGGAUGUUAUUUCAAUGAAUGCUUCAGAAUUUUCAGAGGUUCAAAUUGCUCUUAAUGAAGCUAAGCUUAGUGAAGAGAAGGUGAAGUGUGAAUGCCAUCGGGUUCAGGAAGAAAAUGCUAGGCUUAAGAAGAAGAAAGAGCAGUUGCAGCAGGAAAUCCAAGACUGGAGUAAAUCACAUGCUGAGCUCAGUGAGCAAAUAAAAUCAUUUGAGAAGUCCCAGAAAGAUUUAGAAGUAGCUCUUACUCACAAAGAUGAUAAUAUUAAUGCUUUGACUAAUUGUAUCACACAGUUGAAUCGGCUAGAGUGUGAAUCGGAAUGCGAGGGUCAAAAUGAAGGAGGAGAUGAAUCAGAUGAACUAGCCAAUGGAGAAGUAGGAGGUGACCAGAGUGCAAAGGUGAAAAAUCGAAUUAAGCAGCUGAUGGAUGUCUCUCGGACACAAACUGCAAUAUCAGUAGUUGAAGAGGAUCUAAAACUUUUACAACUGAAGCUAAGAGCCUCAAUGUCCACAAAGUGUAACCUAGAAGACCAAAUAAAGAAAUUAGAAGAUGACCGCAAUUCACUACAGUCUGCUAAAACUGGGCUGGAAGAUGAGUGCAAAACUCUGAGGCAGAAAGUGGAGAUUUUAAAUGAACUGUACCAGCAGAAGGAGAUGGCUCUGCAAAAGAAACUGAGUCAAGAAGAGUAUGAGAGACAAGAAAGAGAACAACGGCUGUCAGCUGCAGAUGAAAAGGCAGUUUUGGCUGCACAGGAAGUUAAAACUUACAAGCGGAGAAUUGAAGAAAUGGAGGAAGAAUUACAGAAAACAGAGCGCUCAUUUAAGAACCAGAUUGCUACUCAUGAGAAGAAAGCUCAUGAUAACUGGCUCAAAGCUCGUGCUGCAGAAAGAGCUAUAGCUGAAGAGAAAAGGGAAGCUGCUAAUUUGAGACACAAAUUAUUGGAAAUGACCCAAAAGAUGGCAAUGCGGCAAGAUGAACCUGUGAUUGUAAAACCAAUGGCGGGAAGACCAAAUACACAAAACCCUCCCCGGAGAGGUCCACUGAGCCAGAAUGGGUCUUUUGGCCCAUCCCCUGUGAGUGGUGGAGAAUGUUCCCCUCCACUGACAGCAGAGCCAGCUGGGAGACCUGUCUCUGCUACUCUUAAUCGAAGAGAUAUGGGUAGAAGUGAAUUUGGGUCAAUGGAUGGGCAUUUACCUCGUCCUCGAUGGUCUUCUGAGACAUCUGGGAAACCGUUUGCCUCUGACCCGGGAUGUGGUCCAGCUCCCAUGAACAGCAGCUCCAGGAGCUCUUCUCCGGCCAAGGUGAUGGAUGAGGGCAAGCAAACCAUUCCCCACGAACCCGAGGCCCCCUCAGUUCCCACUGUUACUUCUUUGGCUGAGCAUCCAAGACCAGUUAAUAUGGCUACCAAAGGGCCCCCUCCUUUCCCAGGGAUAUCUCUCAUGGGCUCCCCUGUUGGAGGGCCCCUACCACCAUCUGUUCGAUAUGGACCGCCACUUCAGCUUGGUGGGCCUUUUGGGCCUCGACCACUUCCUCCACCAUUUGGUCCUGCUGUGCGUCCACCACUAGGCUUAAGAGAAUAUGCACCCGGUAUUCCACCUGGAAAACGGGAUCUGCCUCUUGACCCUCGGGAAUUUUUACCAGGACCCGCACCACUUAGACCUUUAGGUUCAUUUGGUCCGAGAGAGUACUUCAUUCCUGGUACCCGAUUACCACCCCCAACCCAUGGUCCCCAAGACUACUCACCAUCACCUGCUGCAAGAGACUUGACACCUUCAGGCUCUGGAGAUGAGCCUUCAUCUGCAUCUCAGAGCAGUAGCCAGGACUGUUCGCAGGCUUUAAAACAGAGCCCAUAACCAUGACCUCUGACAUUAGUCACAAUAUGGACUGUGCAUUCUUCAUUGUGUUAAGGGAUUAUUGACUUCGAAAUCCAAAAGUCUUAAGGGUUUGUUUUUAGAACUAAGCUGCCUUGGCAGUAUGCAUUUUUGAGCCAAAAAAUUUAAAACUACCAUUUCCCCCUCUAAAUAAUGAUCCACCUCUUAAGCUAAAGUAUCCUUCCAACUUUGAAAUGUGCAAUAAGGAAUACCUGUGUUUUAGUUAAUGUAGCAUAUAUAAUUGCUAAAUGAUUUAGAAUGUCAUAAAAUAUGAACAUUUCCUGUGGAAAUGCUUUAAGAACAUGUAUUUCCAUUAUCCUAUUUUGAGUGUAUUCCAGUCGAUACACAGCAAUGGUGUUUAUUAGCUUGAUUUUUAUCUUUUUCUCAAUAUCUGGUCACAGACUGUUACGCUAAAAAUGUUUACUCAAAGGUCCUAAACUUACUUCCCUUCCUGCUGAAGUUCUUUGUAGUGAUAGUAAAUAAAAAAUUGUUUAUUAAUA